GUGCAAACGCGCAACGAGGCAGAGCUCCCCGGUCCAGCUGGUUCAGUGUUUCUGGAGCCUAACCUGUGGGUCGCUGCACCGCUGAGAGAAGCAUGAAAACUGUGAUCCUGCAGCCCUCAGGACGAGUGAGAAGAAGGUGUGCACCAGCGAGCUGAAGCCUCAGGGCCAUCGUUAGGAAACCAUGUGCAGCUCCCUGAGCCCCAAACAGCCCAGUGGCCCGGGCCUGACGGACAUGCAGCAGUACCAGCAGUGGCUCUCCAGCCGACAUGAAGCCAGCCUGCUGCCCAUGAAGGAAGACCUGGCCCUGUGGCUCACUAAUAUGCUCGGUCUGGAAAUCACUGCUGAGACCUUCAUGGAUCGCUUAGACAAUGGCUCCCUGUUGUGCCAGCUGGCUGAGACACUACAGGAGAAGUUCAGGCAAAGUAAUGGAUACCUGCCUGCCCUUGGCAACAGCAAGAACGUUCCCAAUCGAAGGAUACCGUGCCGCCGGAGCGCUCCCUCUGGAUCUUUCUUUGCGCGGGACAACACAGCUAACUUCCUGGCCUGGUGUCGUGAGGUUGGAGUUGGAGAAACAUGUCUGUUUGAGUCAGAGGGUUUAGUUCUUCAUAAGCAGCCACGAGAAGUGUGCCUCUGUCUGCUAGAGCUGGGCCGGAUAGCAUCACGGUACAAUGUGGAGCCUCCUGGCCUCAUAAAACUGGAGAAAGAGAUCGAACAAGAAGAAACGACACCUCUACCUCCCGCAUCACCCGUCUCCCCCGCUCAGCCUCUCCCCACGUUUCCCUCCUCGUCGCCUUCCCCGUCUCCUUCCCAAUCCCCGACUCCCACCAAAGUGACUUCCAGCAAAAAAAGUACAGGGAAGCAGUUGGAUGACGCCGUGAGGCAUAUCGCUGAUGAUCCACCCUGCAGGUGUGUGAGUAAAUUCUGCGUGGAGAGACAUUCGCAGGGUCGAUACCGUGUUGGGGAGAAGAUGCUCUUUAUACGAAUGCUGCACAACAAGCACGUGAUGGUGCGAGUCGGUGGAGGCUGGGAGACCUUUGAGAGCUACCUGCUGAAACACGACCCGUGCCGAAUGCUCCAAAUCUCCAGGGUGGAGGGCAAAACGUCCCCCGUCAGCAGCAAGUCCCCCAGCAUCAAGGACCUCACCCCGGACAGCUACCUGGUGGUGGCAGCCCACUACCGCAGCAAGAAGUAAAGACUGAGAAGUGCCAUUGAUAAAAGGACACAGAAGAUGACUUUGUUCUGGGCAACAUGUCCGCUGUUCUCAUGAAUACUAAAGUUAUAGUGCAGCAGCAUUUUUUUGAAGAGCACACUGCUGAAGACUGACUAUUUGGUUAGUGUGUUUGUGAUGAGAUUAAGCUUGAAAUUACACUAGUGGGCCUUUGAUGUUGCAUUUUAUGUACUUUUAUAGAACUGCUUUGAAAAAUGUGUUGAUCUUUACAUUAUAAUGAGUUAACAGCAGAAUGUGUAGAUUGUUUUCAGUUUUGUUUUCCAAUCAAUAAUUGUAUUUGAAGCAAUAAACGACUUAGAGUAGG